UGUCACCUACUCACUUUCAUAGCUUGCUUUCACGUAUCUAUCAUCCUAAAUUGUCGUUGUAGUUAAUAGUUAUUGUCUUGUGUUGCUUUUGUUGUGUUUUACUUGGUCCAUAGUUGGUAUUAGAAUUUUAACAAGCCAGCUGCUUGUUGCUCAGUCCUCGAUUAAUCUGUCAAGAAUUCAUAGUUGAUUAUAAAAUUUUGAGACUAAUUAAGACUUGAUUGUUGUUGUUGAAAAGAGAGAGAGAGAAGAUGACCGUUGGGGCGGGGAUAAGUGUGGCUGAUGGGAAUUUGGUGGUGUUGGGGAGCAAAGUGUUGCAUGAAGUGCAUGAAAACAUUGUGGUGACAGCAGCCACAGGAGGUGCAUUGGUGAAUGGGGCAUUCAUUGGGGUCAGGUCCAAUCAGAUGGGAAGCCACCGGGUCUUUCCUAUUGGGAAGCUUGAGGGACUGAGGUUUAUGUGUGAUUUUCGCUUCAAGUUGUGGUGGAUGACACACAGGAUGGGUAAUUGUGGCCAAGACAUACCCUUUGAGACCCAGUUUUUGAUUGUUGAGGCACGCGAUGGUUCUAAUGUUGAACAAGGAAGCAAAGAUGGCAUGGACCAAUCUGCCUUAUAUGUUGUUUUCUUACCAAUUCUUGAAGGUGAUUUCAGGGCUGUUCUUCAGGGAAACGAGCAGAAUGAGUUGGAAAUUUGCUUGGAAAGUGGAGAUCCAGCUGUUGAGGAUUUCGAGGGGAGUCAUUUGGUUUUUGUGGCUGCUGGACCAGACCCCUUUGAUGUCAUCACAAAUGCAGUCAAGACUGUUGAGAAACAUUUACAGACAUUUUGUCAUCGUGAGAGAAAGAAGAUGCCAGACAUGUUGAACUGGUUUGGGUGUACAUGGGAUGCUUUCUAUACUGAUGUCACUUCAGAAGGCGUGAAGGAAGGUUUAGAGAGCUUAGAGAAGGGUGGGAUUCCUCCAAAGUUUGUUAUAAUUGAUGAUGGAUGGCAAUCAGUUAGCAUGGAUCCGACUGGUAUUAAAUGUGAAGCUGAUAACAGUGCCAACUUUGCAAAUAGGUUGACACAUAUCAAAGAAAACCACAAAUUUCAGAAAGAUGGUAAAGAGGGUCACAGGGUAGAGGAUCCAGUAUUGGGAGUUCGCCACAUUGUUGGUGAAAUCAAGGAUCAGCAUGCUCUAAAGUAUGUCUAUGUGUGGCAUGCGAUAACAGGAUAUUGGGGUGGUGUUAAACCUGGUGUUACUGAAAUGGAACAUUAUGAAUCUAAGUUGGCCUAUCCCGUUUCAUCUCCCGGGGUUCAAUCAAAUGAGGAUUGUGAUGCUUUAAAAAGCAUUACAACAAAUGGGCUCGGCCUUGUGAACCCUGAAAAUGUUUUCAACUUCUACAAUGAACUCCACUCAUAUCUUGCAUCAGCUGGUAUUGAUGGUGUCAAAGUUGAUGUUCAGAACAUCCUUGACACUCUUGGGGCAGGCCAUGGUGGGAGGGUUAAACUUGCUAGAAAAUACCAUCAGGCCUUAGAGGCGUCUAUAUCCAGAAACUUCCAUGACAACGGAAUUAUUUUUAGCAUGAGUCACAACACAGAUGGUUUGUACAGUGCAAAGCGAUCAGCUGUUAUAAGGGCAUCAGAUGAUUUCUGGCCAAGAGAUCCAGCAUCACACACAAUUCAUAUUGCUUCUGCUGCUUAUAACACCAUUUUUCUUGGGGAAUUUAUGCAGCCAGAUUGGGAUAUGUUCCAUAGUGUACAUCCAUUGGCUGAAUAUCAUGGAGCAGCUCGUGCUGUGGGAGGAUGUGCUAUUUAUGUCAGUGACAAGCCUGGACACCACGACUUCAAUCUCCUAAAGAAGCUUGUACUUCCUGAUGGUUCUAUAUUGAGAGCCAAACUUCCAGGAAGACCAACACGGGAUUGCUUGUUUUCUGAUCCUGCCAGAGAUGGAAAAAGUCUUCUAAAGAUUUGGAAUCUCAAUGAGUUUAAUGGAGUUGUGGGAGUCUUCAACUGCCAGGGAGCUGGCUGGUGUAAGGUUGGAAAGAAGAAUCUUAUCCACGAUGAAAAUCCUGGUACCAUUACUGGGGUGAUUAGGGCUAAAGAUGUUGAUUAUUUGCCGAGAGUUGCAGAUGAUACAUGGACUGGGGAUACUGUUAUAUUUUCCCAUCUUGGUGGGGAAGUAGUUUAUCUUCCAAACGAUGCAGCAAUUCCAAUCACACUAAAAUCCCGAGAAUACGAAGUUUUCACAGUGGUUCCCGUUAAGGAACUCCACAAUGGGGUUAAAUUUUCUGCCAUAGGUUUAAUCAAGAUGUUCAAUUCAGGUGGAGCCAUCAAAGAUAUGAAUUAUGACUCUAAGACAAAUACAAGUGUUGUCUUGAAAGUUCGCGGGUGUGGCCUAUUUGGAGCUUAUUCAUCAGCCAGACCCAAGAGGAUAACAGUUGAUUUGCAGGAAAUAGAAUUCAGAUAUGAAGAAGGAUCGGGUUUGGUCACCAUUUCUUUGAGAGUUCCAGAGCAAGAGUUGUACCUCUGGAACAUAUCCAUUGAGCUAUAAAAUUGAAAUUUAUGUACUGCAUUAUUAGGGGUAUUUAAGUUUUGUCCUUAAGAGUCCAUUCACUAUUUGAGGGACUCACUAGGUAUUUAGGAGAACAUGGUGGUAUCUUGUGGUUGUAGCUUUACCUUGUAUAACAUAUUGUUCAAAAUAAAUGACAAAUCUUUUACCAAAGACAAGCAUGUUAUUCA